UGGACUGAUCUGAAAUCACGUACUGUUAUGUGUGUCAGCUGACAAGUAAAUUGCAACUGAUAAGAAACCAUAAUGUCAAACUCUCACCAGAAAUUCUUUAACAACAUCACUUACAAGUCGGAUAUAACUGACUCAAUGUAUGAGGAGGUACCUUCAGAAAAUCAUUCAAAGGAGUACGAUGAAAUAAAACUAGUGUAUAAGAAAGAUCAUUCAAAUGAUGUAAACAUUAAACUGCCAUAUGUUUCACCAAAGAGAGCAGAUAUUCACAGUCGUCACAAGAUUCAAAUAUCAUCAUGGAUGUUAGCUCUUAUCAUUAUUUGUUUUUUGAUUGCAAUAGGUGUAACAGGUGUAGUUACAUUCUUCUCGACAAAUAAGAUAUUACCAGAAACACAGUUUCUAGAUGCAGAUAAAACAGGUUGUUCCUGGUCAUUCUGGAGCUCUUGGUCCCAGUGCAGUAUUACUUGUGGCAACGGAAUACAAGUCAGAAUAAGGCAGCAAAUGAAUACUUCCAUGUUAUGUAGUUACAAUGAAACCUUUGACAGUAAGACAUGUUCAAGAAGUGCAUGUGCAGUCACGCCCAUAGAACUUAAGUGGUAUGCAUCAAACACAUGA